AUGCCCCAGGUGUGGAGAGCCCCCGCACGGAAAGAGGAGCUCUACGUCGCGCGGGCCGUUCCAUCAGCCUUGCCGGAGCACAAAUCCGACCGGCUGGUGCUGCACAAAGUCUUAUGCAGCGAUGGGAUGUGCACAGCAUGGGGCGCACACGGCAUCUCAAGAUCCGGAAGGCAGAUGGAUGUGAAGACAGACCUCCACUGGGUCAUGGAGCCCGUGCCUGGCGGCAUGGAAAUCAGGCCCGUGAAAGGCUGGUAUGAUCUUGUGCAAGCAAAUUCUGCUGGUGCGGGCAAGCAGCUCGUUCCCGCAAAGAGGCCACCUGAAGCCGCCAACGUGGAAAUUCAGAAGCAAGUUUGUGAACGAAAGGAGAUUUCUGACCGAUGGGAUAAGAUGCGGAAGCGAGGGAAGGAGGAGGAGGCUGGGCCUUUUCUGGCUGCUCGUAAGCCGAAAGUUUCAACCAGCGCGGUUGCCUAUCCGGACAAGCAGCAAAGUGAUGAGACCGGCAUCAAGAAGCAAGAAGAGAAGCGGCGCAAGGUUCUCCGAAAGCAGGAGAUGGCACAUCGCGAAGGUGCCGAAGAGGAGGCAGUACCAGACGUGGCAAGCAGCUUGCAUGAGCUCAAGCGGCAGAAGGGGGGCGAGGCUGGCUGGGAUUUCUCGGACGAGGAGCAAUUCUCGGAUGAUCAGGAGGAAAGAUUCGACUUCGAUGAUCAGCUGGAGGGGACAGCCGCUCAAACUGAGGAUCAAGGCAUGCCAGCUGGAGAAGAAGUGGCUGCUGAAGAAGACGGGGAAGCCCAAGACGUGCAAUUGCUCGCGGCUUACACAGCUAGUCCCAGCUCUGCGAAUGUCCCAGAUGUGAUCGACUCUUGGCGGCCAGAGCGUUUAGCUGCACAGGCACAUUAG